AUGGUGUCUCCUUUUCUCACGCCCGGGCCGACUGCUGAGGCUGACUCCCUCGCGGUGCUGCAUCUCCGCCGCGACCAUGCGAUUGCUACAGUACUGAAGACACACGACGACGAGGACCUGGGCUACGACGAAGGCAAGGUCACGACGACGAGGUUCGGCUCAUUUCCCCAUAGCACGCUCAUCGGCAGUCCCUGGGGGUCCCAGAUCAUUGCUUCGAAGGUCGACACCGGCUCUCGAGGACGCCGACCAAAGACGGGCAAAGGAUCGAACCCGUUGAAGCGCAAGGCAGAGGACGCCGAUAUAUCAGAGGAUAAGUCUACGAACAAGGCGGCAGUCACUGCAUCAAGCGGCUUUAUACACCUUCUGCGGCCUACACCAGAGUCGUGGACCAGCUCGCUGCCCCAUCGGACGCAGGUGGUAUACAUUCCAGAUAGCAGCUACAUUUUACACCGGCUGCGCGUUCGUCCCGGAAGCACAAUUAUAGAGGCCGGUGCUGGUAGUGGCUCAUUUACUCACGCGGCUGCGAGGGCAGUGUUCAAUGGUUAUCCCAAUGGCACAAAUGAUAGCCAGCGAGGUAAGGUGUGCAGCUUCGAAUUUCACUCGCAGCGUGCGGAAACCAUCAAGAGGGAAUUAGGAGAACACGGCUUGGAUGGGAUUGUGAGACUGAACCACCGUGAUGUUUGUGCCGAUGGGUUUCUGCUAGCAGACGGGCCGGUCAGUAACGAGUCGCCACGGGCUAAUGCUGUUUUUCUGGAUCUCCCUGCUCCCUGGCAAGCACUCAAGCACCUAGUCAGGGAGCCUACUGACGGAAAGGAGUCACCACUGGAUCCCACUUCACCGGUACAUAUAUGUACCUUUUCACCUUGUCUAGAACAGGCACAACAGACUAUCGGCACUCUUCGACAGUAUUCGUGGCUGGCAAUAUCCAUGGUUGAAGUUGUGCAUAGGCAGAUAGAAGUUCGAAGAGAACGAUAUGGGGUAGAAUCAUACCACAAGAAUGCCUCAGCACCGGAUCCCAAAACUGUAGAACAGGCAAUUGACCGGCUGAGGACUCACGAGGAGCGCGCAAAGGCGUUCCGUGAGAAGCAGAUCAGAAACGCUGCAGAGUUCGCCAGCAAGAAGGCUGCUGAAGGCAAUGAGGAAGAGGCGAAUGGUGCCAAAUCAGAGAACAUGGAAACCAUAUCAGAAUCGAUCAAAGAUGAUAGCCCUGCUGAGCCAAUACCUGCAAGGACUGAAAGGACGUGGCAACCGAAGCCCUCGGUUCCGCAGUACAAGCAGGGAACGCUUAUUCACCGUUCCGAGCCUGAGCUUAAGACACAUACAUCAUACCUAGUAUUUGCGAUUCUUCCCUGUGCCUGGUCAGAAGAAGAUGAGAAACGCUGCAGAGAGAAAUGGCCGUCAAAAAUCACUCCGACAGAGAGCAAUGGCAAUGGCCCUACAAAGAGCAAAAGACAGCUCAAGCGGGAGGCCAUAGAGCAAUUCAAAGCCCAGGCUGCCGACGCUUUGUAG